ACCGCAGCGACUGAAUGUCAGUUUUUUUUUUCUGCCUUGAUAAAUUGUCAGCACUUCUUUAGCAAACUAAACUACUAUGAUAUACACGUUUUUUAAUGGGGAAACCACGAAAAAUGAGUCCGAAGGAAGGAAAUCAAACAAAAGAAACAAGAGGAAAUAGCCGGACAUGGGAAAGAGUACCGGUUAAUUACAACGGCAGUCGAAGCAUAACAAAGAUCUAAAAUUACGCCCAGAGUUCAAAUUCAGCUGUUGUUAUAACGGGAAAAACAACGAAUUGCAAAUUUGAGUUCGGUUGUCUAGUGUUACAAAAGCGGAUGGCAUCCCAUAGCGCAAGGCAGAUAGAAGACUGAAAAUAUAACCAGAAAAAUAAGUACAGAUUUCCAACAAACUUCGGACGUAUUUCGAUCAAGCGUCGCAAGAACUAUGGAAAUUGUCCAAACCUACAUCCGAUAUCACUGUAUAGGGAAAAUUUACAAGCUAUUACCCAAUUUUCGUGAGUCGGGGUGGUGAAAUUUUCUCUCAUUAGCAAGCAAACUGUCAUCUGCUCUUAUUUGAUCGUGGUUAAAAAACAUCUGCCAAGUAGACAAGAACAUGCCCGUGAUUAACAUAAUUUCCCCCAAAUAAAUGACGCUGUAUUUUUUUUUCCUUUCUUGUUAAAUUUUUAACAAAAUUUUGUGACAUAAGAAAGCGACGUGGAGCGAGCCACGGACUAAUGAGAGGGGUUUUUUCCUUCUGGUGAUAUUGGCAUUAAAAUGGUGUAAUUUAGGAUUUCGCUUUCACGCAACGAUGAAAGCAAUAUUUUUUGAUGACGUUCUUUGUCCGAAAUCCACCAAUCAGAGGAUAUUUAAUUACAAUAGACUUUUGUUCAAUUAUUUCCCCUGACAACUGGACUGCAUAAUUGAGAUCAAAUGUGUCUCACUUGUCUGCGAGAACAAUGGUCGGUGGUCGAGAGCUUUGUCAGGAACUUCCGCCAUCUAACGCCUUUCGGCGUUCUUUCAAUUCCUGGCAUUCUAUUGGCUCCCGGUGGAACAAAGCGCCCCACACGCUGAAUAGCCCAAACGAAAACAGAUAUUGUUCCAUUCGGCAUUGUUCAAAGACGGCUUGGAUUUCUAUCAUUUGUUUCCACUCCAGUGUUGAAAAUUCACCUUUGGACCACCAAGAAGGCCCGGGCUUGAAGAUUUUCGCCCGAAAUUCGAGCUCGGCAUUUUGUAGAACUCGCGCGUUUUCCGCUUCGUCACGUGUUUCCUUUCCAUCACGUGAUUGCAAGAAAUGUCAUUUCUCUGCCAGUGAUAUUAGUUGUGAUCAACUCAACAAUGGCCACGGUAGCGAGUGGAAUCAAUAACGCGAUCCCAAACGGAGCCGAGCUCGGGGAAGUGAAAAUAGAAAAGGUUGAACAGAUCAAAACGAGUGAUCAGAACUUUAACUGGAAAAUAACGACGACAGCGCCGAAUUAUGUCGACGCUAAUACCAUCCAUGCGACGACAACCGUAACAGAAAACACAGCUACUGAAAACACUGUUGUAGCAGAAUGUCCGCAAAUCGAUGCUGCUGCCACUUUUAAGCUUGCUGGUCUGCCAAUGAAGACGCAAAUUAUGCCAGGUCCGUAUUCGGAAGUUCAGCUACCGAAAAAGGAAAAUCACGUUAAGCGGCCGAUGAAUUCGUUCAUGGUUUGGGCGCAAUCGGCGAGGAGAAAACUUGCCGAGCAGUACCCUCAUGUGCAUAACGCCGAAUUAAGCAAAAUGUUGGGAAAACUUUGGCGAAUGCUUCCUGCCGCCGAGAAACAACCAUACGUAGACGAGGCGGCUAGGUUAGACAAAAGACACAAGGAGGAAUUCCCUGAUUAUAAAUAUCGACCGAGGAGAAAGCAAAAACCGAUGAAACGUCCGUAUGUUCAAACGAGAGUUGCUGUGACACCCGGGUGGGCUGGUGGACAAACGCAGACACCAAUAGCAAUGAAUGGGACGGCAACAAUCGCGGCUCAGAACGGCACAUUUCCAGCGACAGUUUUAACACAAAAUUCUCAAGUGGCUCAGGUUUUUCCUCAAGGAAUACAGUCCGUUCAGGCGGUUAAUACCGCGGGGGCUGUCACUUACGCCCCCAUCGGCAGUGUCGGGUACGUUCCAACGACUCCUAUACCUGGAGGAAGUAUGAUUUUACGACCAACGUUCGUUACAACUGCUGCAGUAACGAAUCCAACAUCGAUCCAACCAGCAGCCUCUGUAUCUGCCGUGCAAGCGGUGAGAACCACCGUGGCAACGACAUUUGCGACUCCCAGUUAUGCUAUUCCGUUAGCGCAGUACGCUGGUGCCCCGAUUAUCGUAUCGAGUGGUAAUCUGGUUAACGCCACGGAAAAUACAAACAACAUGGCUACAGAGAAAGGUACGGAAAAUAGCGCUCUAACAACCAUAAACAUUCCCGCUCCGAUAGCUGCGCCACUCAACAGUAAUUUCGCGGCUGUUUCGGCCGCAGGACUAAUAGCGUCGAAUUCGGAUGCUAUCCAGCCUAAAAGCACGGAAAAUCAACAUGUGAUGGAAGGAAAUUCGGUCCUCACUGUUCCAGUGACGAGAAGCGAGGGUGAAAACCAAGUUGAGGCGCCAUCCACGGAUCAUCCACAAAGUAUUGAAGUCAAAACAGCUGAAGGAUGUCGUAUUUAACCUAGGAUUACUCUUCGCUUUUCAAAUUUCGAAUGUUGAGCGCUCGCUGAAGUUUUCCAACGGACUAUUCUAAUUAUGCCUGCGAUUUUUACACGCCUUCCGAACGCAAGGUGUGUCUUACUUCGAGCAACUUCGAAUGCCGACUUUUUUGGAGCGAUUAAAUGUUCGAAUCACAAGAGGGCCGUUUCUCUGUAUACGCAGUUUUAACGCACAAACAUUGAUCAGGCUUUGUCGGUUUUGGGUAUUUAUUGUCUAGGACGAAGACCGCAGUUGCUAUUUAUUUUAUUGCAGUAGGAAUAUUUGUCAGGGGAUAAAAGAUAUUACGAAAUUGCGUGUUUAAAACAAUCUAUAUUGUCGUGCGAUUCUUAGAACAAACCAUUACAAAGACAAAAGUGCUUGAAUGGUUUCCCAAGCCAUUGUUCCUUAGAGCAUUUGAAUGGGUUAUAUUGUUUGAUUUGACAAGACUCUAUGUACUAUACAAAGGCUAUUCAUGAAAGCAAAACUGUGUACCGAUUAUUUAAACUUGAGUUCGACAAAAAGUCUAGUGAGUGUUUCACUUCACUUGCAAUUAAAUUCUCGAACAGAUAUGAAAAUUAAAGAUCUGAGAUACUAUGUUUUGAAAUGUUUAAGGUAACUAGGUUGUUGCUAGGUAUUUAAAUCCAGUUUGCAUGCUGCAAUAAUUUCAGUUUUAUCUAGAAUUUGAAUAAUAGGUAUAUUUAAGCUUUGAUCUUUAAAUUCCUGAAUUUUUUGAUUGUGUGAGGGACAUUGGGCAAAACAUACUAGGAAAUGGUGUAGUGAUCUGUUUUUUUGUUUCGUUCUGAUAGAAACAGUUGUUCAUAAUUUUAAUUAGAACACAAGUGGCAGGAGGUGUGCAUGCAGAAGCUUUGGGUCAAAUGUUAUCAAAUUUUUGGUGUUGAUCUUGCAAAAUUCAGCUGUGCAUGGUAGUGGAAAUUUUGCCCGAUUCAAUUCAGUUUAGAACUGUACCAGAUAAGAGAUCUUCACUUGGUUUAGAACAGUCACUUUCAUUGUCAUAUGACAGUGGAUUUUCUGUGACUCAAAGUUCACAACUAGAACAGAGCUAAACUCCAAAACUUUGUUUAGCAUGCUUACCUUGUAACUUUUCCCCAGAAAUAGAGCAUCUUCCUUAAAAUUUCACAAAUUGACAAUCACUUCUCAGUGAAUUAUUUUUUGCAAAGUACUUGUUACAUUCUUCUCGUUCACCCUGCAGAUAAGCAAAUUAUUACUUAACCAGAAAAAUGUAAACAUUUAAUAACUGCGUGUGUUUUGUCGAAAGUAUAAAUGUUCUUUUCAUCCUAAAUUCAGCAGUGUAUUUAUGGUAUAACAACAUGUUCAUCUUUUGAGAACAACGCUUUUUAACCUUGUGUGUCUAUUAUCAAUUUAAAAAAGUGCUCUGCUCAAUAGAUUUGUGCAGAGCCAAUUGUGCUAUUUAAAUGUAGUUUAUAUUAGUGUUUUUACCAGCCUAUGUUGACGAUCCUUAUUUGGGAUAAUAUACCUGUUGUUGUGAUGCUUGUUUGCAGUCAUUCAGUAUCUGAGGUUGAGAUCAAGGUUAGAGCAAAAAAAACAAAAAAAAACAAAGGUUUUUAACUACAACAUUAAAUAUUAUUGAGCUUUUGUGAUGUCACAAAACUUUGGAAACAGUAUCAUAAUUUCAACUUGCUCGCUACAAUAAUUCAUUAUUAACAUUUCUACAUAAUGAGUCACUAGUUGUUAUAUAAUUUGGCAGGUGGUCAUUUUGUUACAUAAAGUAGCUUGGACAGUGACCACCAAGUAAUGGGGCAGCAUUUAAGUUUCUUACAUGAAGGCAAAGAAAGAAGAUAGGGUGAAUGUUUACAUUCUGAAUGGAGUAAUCACCAAGAAAUUGAGGCAAAAAAAAUUAAUAAAUUAGUUGCUGCAUGGAUAAAGCGUUGACCAGAUUGUUAUGAAAUAAGACUGGUUAUUUACUUAAGAGGUCCAUGUUCUUUAGAUUGCCAAUUUAUUUCUUAGCAAUUUUUGUUGAUGAUUGGAUUAGAAAACACAUGAUGUUCAGGGAACAUUUUUGUUGGCCUCAGUUGGAAGGGCUGUACCAUCAAGCUUAUCGCAUUUUCCACGAAGCUUGUAUACCAUUAGUUUUAUUUGUAAAGGGGAUGAUAUUAAGUAAUGAAAUUUUAAGGACUGGUAAUGACUUAAGUAUAUAAGUAGAAGGUUAUUUAACUAAAAUCAUUUUGGCAGACAAAAAAUAGUUGACAAAAAGACAAAAUUUAUAGAUAAUUUGAGUAUACACAAAUGUUCAUAACCCACAAAGAUAUUUAGACUUUUAAUAUUACCACAUAUAGUUGAUUUUACCAUUUCAAAUUAGAAAAUAAAGUGUUCAUGUUAUAAAUCAAUUAACUAAAAUAACAUAGAACAAUCAUAGCUCAACUGACUAGGGAGAAGAUUUUUACUGUUUGUAAGAUAUUAUAUUAUGCCCUUAGUUACUGUGUAACUGUAAAAGUAAUCACCAGUAACUUGAGAUUAAUGUGAAAUAAUUAUUAUUGUAAAGAUUGUAUUUGACUGUUUUGUGAAUGCUUUUGGACCAAGUUUUAUCCAUUGUGAAGUAAUUCAGUGUGAUUAAUUUAAUUGCCAGAAAGGAGACUCGUGCACAGAGCUUUAGAGUGCAUUAGACAUUGUUUAGAAUGACAAACAAAAGAAAGACCACAAUACUGUAGAAAUGAAACGUGUUUUCAACAACGAUUUUCUUUGUGCAAACCCAUGCAGCAUUUGACAUUUAUAGUUCAGUCCAAGUGUUCUUGCCAUGUAUUCACCUCUGAUCUCAACUCAAGAAGCUUAAUAAAAACAUUGCUCGAUUGAAGGACUUAGUAACAGUUGGAUUUUGUAGAACAGCAAUACCAAUGACAGCAGCCACAAUGAAGUGAGGUUUGUUGUAAAGUAAUAAUUCCUACAGUUCUUUUAUGAAUGUGAAUACUAAUAGUUUUGAACAAAACUUGCACACUCUGUGCUGCAUACGUUGUUUUGAUAUGGAUUUGUUUUGCUUCUUGGCAAGGCAUGGUUUAUUGCUACAGUGACCAAAGAGAUCAAGGGAAAGAUCGAGAUUAAAUUAAACUUGAUUCAGUCACAAGACAAAUGAAGUUCCCUUUUUUUAUUGAUCAAUACUAUGUUGUGGCCUUCCUUUGAUGCGGGGUUUGUAAUAGUAGCUGGCUCUGCAUACAUUCAUUGUUAACCAGAGAAAUUAUUUAAUUGUAGUGGUUUUUUUAUCCAGAAAUAAAAUUUAAAAACAUCCUGAA